GCCUCGUAUGAUAGUCCUGAGAAUUAGCCAGUCUCACCUCAAGAAACUUGCCUCAAAAUUCUGUCCAACACAUUAGAAUUUUUGCACUUGAAGAGUUCAACAGAAUUGUGAUUUCAUACUGUAUGACUUCAUAGUCCCAUCCCUACCUGCUGGAACUGAUGGUACACCUCAAUACGUAUUUCCAACGGUUGUUUAAAAGGCGUUAGAGGGCCACCUCCCCCUUCAGAUCUGCUAAUUCAUUGUUUCUUUCGUCCCUCGCCCCAGGGGAUUGCACCAGUGGGCCAGUGGCGUUUAACUGUAGCCAUUAAAACACAAUAACAUGAAGUAAUCGCGGACAUUUAAUAAAUUACGUUGAAUGAAAACAUUUAUAUUUUCUAAACUCACUCUUUUAUUUUCUAUAUUUUAUCUUGAAAUAAAUGGAGGAUAUAAAAGAACGGGAAAGUGUGUUAUUGAUCUGGUCAGGGAUAUCUCCAUCUCAGGAUUUACAAGAAAUUGUUGGUCGUAUAACUGAGCUGACGGGUGUUUGUGGCAAAGUUAGCGUUGAACACGUCGAUAGAUUAAAAUUGUCGUCGCACACAGAAUCUUCCUUCGACCAUAUAUAUUCUGGUGUGACUUUUCCAUCAACUUUCAUCCACGAUUUGGAUAUCCUUGCUGAAAUAGCGAGAAUAUUAAAACCAUCAGGUUCAUUUUUACUUAGACAACCAACAGGAAACAUCAACACACUAGUCACCCAAGACAAACUGGUAUCAACACUAAAAUUAUCCGGAUUUGUUGAUAUUUCACAGGGUGAUCUGGUGGAAACAACAGAAGAACAAUUAAAAACUUUGCAAGAUAUUUUAAAAACUGAAAACAAAAUAGAUAUGUUUGAGAUAAAAUGUAAAAAACCUUCAUUUAACGUUGGAACAAGCACGAAACUUAAACUCUCAUUCAGCAAUAAAAAAGAAAUUCCAUCAGAAAAUGCUGCGAAAGUGUGGACCUUGUCAGCACAAGAUAUGAAUGAUGAUGAUGUUGAUAUAAUUGAUUCAGAUGAUCUUCUAGAUGAGAAUGAUAGAAAGAAGCCAGAUCCAUCUACCUUGAAGAGUGCUUGUGGGCCGAAAUCUGGUAAGAAGAAAGCAUGCAAAAACUGCACGUGUGGCCUGGCAGAAGAUCUUGCGAAUGGUGUAGAGGGAGCACAGCCAAAGUCUGCUUGUGGCAGUUGUUAUCUUGGCGACGCCUUUCGUUGUGCAAGUUGUCCUUAUCUCGGAAUGCCAGCGUUUAAACCCGGAGACAAAAUAUCACUCAGCGAUCGACAGCUCAAACCCGAUAUUUAAAGAAAACAAAUAUGAAGAACAAUUCGCAGUUUUGAGUAAAGAAUGAAUUCUUGAAAUUGUAAAAUUUUUCAUAUUCUUCCUUGUAAUGAUGGAGAAAGUCAUAAAAGAAGAUAAACCUCAAUAUAUAUUGUAUAUUUUACAAUAAACGGUGUUUGUGUGAAGAUAUAUUAUUU